GGGCCCCGAGGACACGGCGGUGCUGGCCCGCGAGCUGGUGGCCCGGCUGGACGAGCUGCGCGGGGACACGCCCGCCAUGGCGCAGGGCGGCACCCAGCUGCUCAUCGUGGACCGGGCCUUCGACUUGGUGACGCCGCUGCUGCACGAGCUGACGCUGCAGGCCAUGGCCUACGACGUGCUGGAGCUGCGCCACGACACCUUCCGGUACGAGACGUCGGGCGAGGGCCGGGAGCGGACGGUGCUGCUGGAUGAGGACGACGAGCUCUGGGUGCAGCUGCGGCACCUGCACAUCGCCGACGUGUCCCGGGAGGUGACAGAGCAGCUGAGGUCGUUCUGCGCCAGCAAGCGGCUCCACCCGGACAAGUUCGCCGCCCACCUGAGCCUGGCCGAGGGCUGCAUGGGGCGACUGCGGGGCGGCCUGGAGCGGCUCUGCGCCCUGGAGCAGGUGACACUGGGGACACUGGGGACACUGGGGGGCAUUGGGGGCAUUGGGGGGCAUGGGGACAUUGGGGACAUUGGAGGACAUUGA